AUGGCGGUUUUUAAAAGUUCAAAAUCUAAUACAGUAGUAAGCAAAACCAAAUACAUAAAUAAAGAAGUACAAACAAAAAAUCAAAUUCGUAUUGAAGACCCAAAUGCAUUCACAUUUAUUUCUUUUACCCUAAAUCGACUUUUACUAUUCACAAUUAGUUGUUUAAUAGCUGUAUGGAUCAUUGGAAUAUAUCGUUUUUCGUCUGUUUAUGUUAUUGGAAUUAUCGCUAUAUUAGUUCAUACUUGGAAAGAAGACAGAAGCAAUGCACUGAAAUAUUAUGCAAUGAACUUAGAAAAUAAAAUAUUAAGGAAAAAAGCACUAUCAUCGGCUGAAUCUGCAGAGUGGUUAAAUAUCUUCUUCAAUCGAUGGUGGGUUUCUAAUGCUAACUCAAUAUUUUCCCUACUUAAACAAACUAUUGACCCUUUAAUUGCCGAAUCAAAGCCUCAUGUAAUUGACAUUAUUGAAAUUUCCGAAUUUACUCUCGGUGACAACAUGCCUCAUUUAAGAAAUCUUCGGGUCUACGACUACGACCAGAAUAUCAAAUGCAGUGCAUCUUGUGAUCAUAUAUCAGAUGCGGCUUCACAACAGCAAUAUCAUGCCAAGACUACAUCUGUAAUACUAGAAGCCGAUCUUCAUUAUUGUUCCCAAGAUUCUUGUUUUGCACUAACAGCAAAAUUCAUCAAGAAAAAGUUAGUUAGAGAUUUAAAUUAG